CUCGCUUAAGAGUUUGGCGGGAAAAUCUGCGCAAAGAUGGCGGCUGAAAGUCCUUCACUAGCAGGAGACACUCCAGUGAGACGAAGCAACAGAGAAAGGAAGAGAAACAGAGCCAGCGAUGCCCUGGAAAAAAUAAAACUGGCUCGUCAAACUGGUAUAAGGCAAGAAGAGGAGCUUGAAGCACCAGAGAGUUUAUUCGAGGAGGUGACCGAAGAAGAAUACGCUGACUUGAUCCACACGAGACAAAGAGACAAUUUUGUUCUUGAUGACGAUGGAACAUAUUGUGAGCAUGGACGAGAGAUUUUUGACGAGGAAGUGACGACCACGCCCACCAGCUCAAAAGGAGCAAAGAAAUCGAAGUCCUACAAGGCUCCAUUCUCUCGGAGUAGUGGUGGAGCUAGUGACAUAAAGAGUAUGGUGAUGGGUAUGGGCGGGGCCAAAAAGAAGACGAAAGGGGGAGGGACAGGAAGCGAAGGCUCCGUUAAAAACGACCUAGUACUGAACAAUAUCUUGUCACAGAUUAGCGUGCCAUCUACUACUAAAGCCAGUCCCAGUAGUAAGAAGAGUAAGACACUCUCAUUUAGUCCUCGGACUGGUCCCAAAGGAGGCGUGUCAGCCCCUCCCACUAGACCAGUACUGCCCCGACCAGUGACCACACCUACUGUUAAGGUUGAGAUGCCAUUGAGGAAAGAGAGGGUGGUAAAGGAGGAGGAGGAGGAGGUCUCAACUUUUGAUUUCGGGAGUGUCCAUGAUGAAGACAUGAUGACUACUGAUUAUUUAGUAGAUGUACCUGAUGGACUCACUCAGGAGUUUGAAGUGGAUGAGAGCAUCAAUGAAGAGGACGAUAAAGAGAACACGGUAGAACAAGCUAAGGAAAGGAGAGAGACAGUUCCAGUUGAGGCAGUCUCCGUUACUGGCUGGGAGACUGUCAAGGAGGAGGAGUUUAGCUCUGAGACCACGCCCAAUCGUAAAGAAGACUUGAACAUAGACACGAGUAGCCUCCCACUCCAAGAAGACGCUGAUGGAAACCCGUUUAUCCGGUUUUACUGGUUGGAUGCGUACGAGGACUUGUACCGUCAGCCUGGUGUGGUAUACCUGUUUGGUAAGAUACCGAUACAAGGGACACACGUGAGUUGCUGUGUUGUAGUCCAGAACAUUGAAAGGUGCUUGUACUUUUUGCCAAGAGAAAAGCUUUUAUCAAAAUCUGGUAAGCCAACAGAUGAGGAUGUGUCUAUGAAAGACGUUUAUGUGGAGUUUAACGAGAGCUUUGCCGAGAAACAUCGAAUCAUGAAAUUUGCAUCAAAAAGUGUUGAUAGAAAGUAUGCAUUUCAUUUACCAGACAUCCCCAGGGACUCAAAGUAUCUUGAGGUACGUUAUUCCGCUCGUCAUCCUGCUCCUCCCCCCACCUCCUCUGGUCUCUCGUACAGCUGUGUGUUUGGUACCAAUACAACAAGUUUGGAGAGGUUGAUAAUUGGGUGUGGUCUCAAAGGUCCCUGCUGGAUUGAUGUCAAGCUACCUUCUCCCUCCACUAACAGUGUCAGCUGGUGCAAAAUUGAAUGCAUUACUGAUGGUCUGACAUCAGUAGGUGUGGCCUCAGAACAAGCCCCGCCCCCUCCAUUGACUAUACUCUCGCUCAGUAUAAAGACUUUGAUUAACAUGCACACUAAAACUAAAGAAAUCCUGUGUGUUAGUGCUCUGGUACAUAAAGAUUUCUCAUUGGAUGGAGCUCCGCCUACUAAAUUAUUUGAGUCAGAUCUUUGCUGUAUAAGGACACCACCUGAUAGACACAUGCCACUAAAAGUUCAAGAAAGAAUGGCAUCAGAAAAGAAUCUUAAACUUGAGGUCACCUCCUCUGAGAGAAGUCUCCUCUCAUUCUUCCUGGCCAGACUUGCUAAGAUUGAUCCUGACAUCAUCAUUGGUCACAAUUUAGCCUCUCAGUGGUUGGAAACUCUCCAGCACAGGAUGUUUACUUGUAAAGUCCCAGUCUGGUCUCGGAUAGGCCGUCUGAGGAGAGCCACAAUGCCAAAGGGUAAAGGUAUAUCCAGUAGUUUAUGCUGUGGCAGAUUAGUCUGUGAUGUGAAGCUCUCGGCUAAGGAGCUCAUCAGAUCAAGGAGUUAUGAUUUGACGGAGCUGGCUAGUUCUAUACUCCAAUUGAACUACCAACCAAUGGAGAAUGAGGACAUACUAGCUGCCUUUGGGUCUAUUGAGAGGGUGUGUCAUUUGAUAGCUCAUACAAUGGACGAGGCUUUGCUCUCGCUCCGUUUGACACGAGAACUCUCCGUUCUACCACUGGCCUAUCAGAUCACUCGUAUUGCUGGUAAUACACUAUCACGUACACUCUUAGGUGGUCGUUCAGAACGCAAUGAGUACCUCCUGCUCCAUGCCUUCACUCAGCAGGGAUACUUACCUCCUGAUAAACUGGACUCCGCCUCUAAGCAUCACCAUGGCAACGAGGAGGAGGAAGAGUCUGCUCCUGCCAGCAAACGUGGGAAAUCCUCUUACGUGGGUGGACUGGUCCUUGAUCCAAAAACAGGGUUCUAUGAUAGGUUAAUUCUCUUACUGGAUUUCAAUUCCCUCUAUCCUUCGAUAAUUCAAGAAUAUAAUAUUUGUUUCACAACCAUUGAUCAUGCCCACUGUAACUCCGACGAAGACAUUGGACUAUUGGAGCCUCCUGGAGACUCUGUCCCUCAAGGUAUAUUACCGUCUCAAAUAAGAGUGUUAGUUGAGAGAAGGCGUCAGGUCAAGCGACUAAUGAAAGACCCUGGUCUCUCCCCUGAGACCCUCCAGCAGUAUGAUAUAAGACAGAAGGCUCUAAAGCUAACGGCUAAUAGCAUGUACGGGUGCCUGGGGUUCUCUCACUCCAGGUUCUUUGCUAAACCACUAGCGGCCGUAGUCACUAGGAAAGGAAGACAGAUUUUGGAACAAACACGAGAUUUAGCAACCAAACUUGGUCUUGAUGUCAUUUAUGGUGAUACCGACUCCAUCAUGAUUGAUAGCGGUACCAAGGAUCUUGAGGUUGCGGAGUCCCUUGCUAAAAAGGUUAAGACUGAAGUCAACAAGUUGUAUAGGUUGCUUGAGAUUGAUGUUGAUGGGAUAUUUAAGUGCAUGCUGCUACUGAAAAAGAAGAAGUAUGCAGCUGUUUCUAUUCACAGUCAGAAUGGUAAACUGAUUGAGAAGAGAGAACUAAAAGGUCUUGACAUUGUACGAAGAGAUUGGUGCGACUUGGCAAAGAGGGCGGGGCAUUAUAUAUUGGAUAAGAUAUUGGCAGGUCAUAAUAUCGAUGAAUUGAUCGAGGAGAUACAGACUUUCCUUAGACAAUUGAGGGAAGAUGUUUUGAAUAGUAAAGUGGAUCUGAGAGAGUUUGUAAUUACAAAGGGUCUUACUAAAAUGCCCAAGGACUACCCUGACAAGAAGAGUUUGCCUCACGUGCAGGUAGCCAUGAGAAUGCUCUCAAGGCAGCAGUAUGUCCAGCCUGGCGAUGUAAUACCCUAUGUGGUCUGUUUGAUGGGCGAUGAUAACGUCUCUCCUUCACUGAGGGCCUAUCACCCAAUGGAAGUGACUCAACAGCAGCUCCAAGUGGAUCAUAAAUAUUACCUCCAGCACCAAGUACACGCUGUCGUCGGUCGAUUGUGUGAGCCAAUAGAAGGGCUGGACUCUGCCCACUUGGCAGAAUGGCUAGGGCUUGAUCCGUCCAGUUACGUUCAGAGAGGAGGAGGAGGAGGGGGAGGGAGAGGAGACGAAGAGGAAGAGGCUGAUGUGGUCCUACCUCAAGAGAAAUCGGAUCCAUUGUGUGUGUCUUGUCCAACCUGUGAUAAGACAAUAUCAUUCCAUUACACAGGGAAGAAGGUUUCCUUCGUAUGUGGUGGAAGAGACUGUCAUAACAGCUUGUCUCGUUUUUAUAUGAUGGCGGCCUUGGGGAAAGCACUUCGUUAUUACAUUUCUCUUUACUAUCAAGGUUGGUUAACCUGUUCCAGCUGUGGCUACAGGACCAGAACCGGGCUUUCUUGUGCUGUCUGUGGCCCUAAGGAAGAUGCUGUUCUGAGAGAAGAAUACUCUAGCUCUGAUCUUUAUGCACAGCUCUGUUCCUUCAGGGACCUUUUCCUUUCACAAGGUCAUAAGCAGGAGUGCAAAGAGGAAUGUCCCAGAGCCUGUAAAGGUGAUUACAAAGACUGUCUCCAGCUGGUCCAAGAUACCUUAUCUAAUAACUCUUACUCCAGGGUCAACCUUGGAGGGAUUUUCUCCAUAAUGACCAUCAAAUGAUAAUGCAUGGACAUGUUAUACAACACUUUUACAUUUCAAUUAUUUAUACCUGAAAAUUAUUAAUCAAAA